AUGGAGGGCUGCUCCAAGAAGAGCGACGGCACUGUGCCCGGCCUCCCUGACGACCCCCUGAUAGAGAUCCUCUCCCGCGUCCCGGCCAAGUCCGUCUGCCGGUUCAAGUGCGUGUCCAAGGCCUGGCACGACCUCAUCACCGACCCUGACAACCGUAAGAAGCUGCCCCAAGCCAUGCAAGGACUGUUCGUCGAGACGGCCGACUCCGAGGUUGAUGACACUAAAUUGGCCAGUAUCAGUUUCAGUUUCAUCGACCUGACAGUGAGAUCCGUGCCUAUGGACAUCGACCCUUCCUUCUCCUUCCUGAUGGAACGGACUGGGAUCAAGACCUUCUUCUUCUUGGAUUCCUGCAACGGGCUUAUCCUUUUCGGGCACCGUCAGGAGCCGUCUUACCUAUCGGCGGGUACCUAUAUGGUGUGCAACCCGACCACAAAGCAAUGGUCAGCCGUGCCCGCUUGCGGCUCUCGUGAAGCGCUAAGUCACACCUAUUUGGCUUUUGAUCCGGCGGUAUCCUCUCACUUUCACUUGGUCCAGUUCCAGAUGCCCGAUGUGGACAUGGAGAUAGUGUCGUUGCAUGUUUACUCGUCUGAAAAUGGGACCUGGAGCCAAAACCAAAUUGAUGAACAAAAAGAGCAAGGACAGUUGGAAGGCUGGCAUCAUCAGUUCACACUAGAGGUUCUCGACUUUCGUUGCGCCUUUGUUAAUGGCUUCCUACAUUUGAUAGUUUGGGGCCCAGAUAGACAGCACAUACUUGUAGAUAUACAAGGGGAGGCAAGAAGGAUGAUCACUGUGCCAGGUCAAUCCCAAGGGCACCUACAUUGCGUGACUAUAGAGUCUGCUGAUGAAAAUAAUGACAAACUAUCCAUCUGGGUUCUUCAGAAUUAUGAUACACAGGAAUGGGUGUUGAAGAACACUAUGGACUUGGACUCUUUUGAUGUCUUUGGAGAAACAGAAGACUUGAACGAGUUUCAAGUGGUUGACAUUCAUCAAGACUGUAAUGUGGUUUUCUUUCUUCAGGAGUCUUGUAAGCUGACAACAUACGACAUGGACCGUAAGGAAUGUAGUAGUGUACCUUUAUGGAUGCUAGUUAUAUUAAUGAAUGCUUAUGCGCAACUUGGAACAAUUUUGAUUUUUGGUGAUAAGUUUUAUGAUUAG